UUGGUGCUUGUGAGCAGUAUUUAGUUUUCACCUUCUUGCAGACAUGCUACUAAAUCUGGCUUUUUGUCUCUCCAUUUUAUUUAACAUUUUUCCAAAAGUAAUUGCUGUAAAUCAUGUACCUGCACUGCUGUGGUCAACUCAGAGCUCAAUGUGGGAAUCCACACCAGCUAUAAUUGAUGGUCACAUAACUUCGGAUCAUGAACUGCGGAUGUUGCUGCAAACAGCAAUUACACGGGAGCCCAAGAAUGUUGUUAUGUUUCUCCAGGACACACUUAGUAUGGAGGACUUCACAUACUUCAGUGCAGACUCUGGAAGUGACAACCCAAUGCAUAUUAUACAGGACAUUAUGAAUUCCUCCCCAUCAUCUCUAGUUUUACCAGCAGUGCAACCGAAGACCAUAGAAAACCUCCCCAGUUACAUCAAUUCCUUGGGAGAUUGGAACGUAAUACAAAUUGACAGCGGCAAAGUUUCACAUCUAGAGGUAGAGCGGUCAAAACCCAACUUAAUUCUAGUGACUCUCCAACCAAUUCAAAGAUCCAAUGAAAUGUCCGCAGCUACGACUUUCUCUGAAAAUUAUAAACAAAUCUUACAAAUCACAAAGGAACUGUCAGAAGGAGGAGUAGAAUAUACAGCAAUCUACACUGGAAAAAGACCAUCUAAAGUUUUUGCUCAUGUUGAUCUGGUACCAAAAAUAGGACGACAACUUUUGGCCACAGAAACUGCUGUUCCAUAUCCUCCUCUAAAUGUAUCGGAUAAGACAAAUCCAAACAUGACCAACUGUAUUAUAAUUUAUGCUACAAAAAUCCGUUUAAUUGCGAAUACCUCUCAGGAAUUUGACUUAACCAACAGGACAUUUGGAGCUACAAAUGUAAACACCUCGUUAUCAAGAUGUUUUUCCAACUAUUCAGUAUUGUCUUUAAUUUAUUCAUCACCCGGACAUGAUCUUGAAAGCUUGGAAAUAAGAUUUAUGAUGACCAACAAGUUUUACUCUGGAUCUGCUAGAAAUUGGUUUAAAUUGGAGUCUGUUGACAUAAUCUAUAACAAUAAAACAGCUACAUUUGUCAGUACUUAUGGUUCAUCACCAGCAGAGUAUUCAUAUCAUUGCCAGAAAAUUGGAACAAGUGAAUUAUAUGGAGAAACAUUAGUCCCAGAUGUAUCUACUCCUGAUGCAAAAAACUGGGAUAUUUUUAUUUCUGAAUUUCAAAUACAAGGAUUCAAUAUUAAGGACGGCAUCUUUUCUUAUGCCAGUGACUGCACUGGCUUUUUUUCUGCUGGAAUAUGGAUGGGUCUUGUAUCCUCAUUAGUUUUAUUAUGGAUCCUGGCAUAUGGAGUUUUCAUGAUUAUGCAACUAACAACAAAUGAUAAAUUUGAUGAUCCAAAAGGUCCAGCCUUAUCUGUUCCUCAAACAGAAUAAUAUCUCUACUGAAGUUGCACUGCCACAUAGUAUAGAACUGUAGUUACAGCUGUUUUAGGCUAAAGCAUCUAAAAACAAUGUCCAAGCAUUACUUAUUGGGAAAAAAAGACAAGUGUUUAGUUCUCACAGGGUUCUUUUUAAUGUGUAAAAAUGUUAAAUAAUUAAUAUAAUUUUUAUAGCAUGAUAUUUAAUUUAAAAAAGUGGAUGGAAACUGGGAAUGUCAUGACUAGUUUGGUUUCAUUUACUGAUCCUACUAAUUUAGUGGCGAUUUUUUGAAAAAAAAUGAACCUUACUAUUUAGUUGUUAUCUGUGGCUUUUUAUAAAUUGUAAUAAUGUUUUUUUUUUUUUCCCAUAAGAAAACAUUGUUUCCUAUGAUUUUUAUUUGAAACCCUAUUUGUUGUAAACUUAUCAAAAGUGUAAUCGGAUUUAUUCUUUAAGAAAUAUUGUAAGUGAAUAAACUUAAUAAACUCAUAGAAAAGA